AUGCUGAAGCAGAGCGAGCGGAGGCGGUCCUGGGGCUACCGGUCCUGGAGCACUCCGGAGAGCGAGCAGGCCCCCGAGGCCGAGGCCGAGGCCGGGGCCGGCGCGCACCGCCGCAGCGUCUGCUCCGUGGGGGCCCGCUCCGGCUCCCAGGCCAGCAUCCCGCCGUGGACCGAGGGCAACUAUAACUACUACAUCGAGGAGGACGAGGACGGCGAGGAGGACGACGACCUGAGGGACGAGCCGGCCGAGGAGGCUCGGCAGCCCGAGGCCCAGGCCGCCCCGGCGGCCGGCAGCCCCGAGCUCGGCGCCGCGCCGUCCGCGCUGCGCGUGAACGUGGGCGGCCAGAGCUACCGCCUGGACUGCCGCCAGCUGGCCUGCUACCCCAAGACGCGCCUGGGCCGCCUGGCCACGUGCACCGGCCGCGGCCGCCGGCUGGGCCUGUGCGACGACUACGAGGAGCGCACGGACGAGUACUUCUUCGACCGCGACCCGGCCGUCUUCCAGCUGGUCUGCAACUUCUACGCGUCGGGGGUGCUGCUGGUGCGGGACGAGCUGUGCCCGCGCGGCUUCCUGGAGGAGCUGGGCUACUGGGGCGUGCGGCUCAAGUACGCGCCGCGCUGCUGCCGCAUCUGCUUCGAGGAGCGGCGCGACGAGCUCAGCGAGCAGCUCAAGGUGCAGCGCGAGCUGCGCGCGCAGGCGCAGGCGGAGGAGGCCGAGGAGCUCUUCCGCGACAUGCGCUUCUUCGGGCCGCAGCGCCGCCGCCUCUGGAACCUCCUGGAGAAGCCCUUCUCGUCCGUGGCCGCCAAGGCCAUCGGGGUGGCCUCCAGCCUCUUCGUGCUCAUCUCGGUCGUGGCGCUGGCGCUCAACACGGUGGAGGAGAUGCAGCAGCCGGCGGGGCCGGGCGCGGGCGGCGGCGGCGGCGGGGGCGGCGGGGGCGGCGGCGGUGGUGGCGGCGGCGACGCGCGGCCCGUCCUGGAGCACGUGGAGGUGCUGUGCAUCGCCUUCUUCACGCUCGAGUUCCUGCUGCGCCUCGCCUCCACGCCCGACCUGCGGGGCUUCGCGCGCAGCGCCCUCAACGUGGUCGACCUGGUGGCCAUCCUGCCGCUCUACCUGCAGCUGCUGCUCGAGGGCGUCACGGGCGAGGACCCGCGCCAGGGCAGGGGCUCGCCGCGCGAGCACGACAUCGAGGCGGUGGGCCGCGUGGGCAAGGUGGGCCAGGCGCUGCGCGUCAUGCGGCUCCUGCGGGUGCUGCGCGUGCUCAAGCUGGCGCGCCACUCCACCGGCCUGCGCGCCUUCGGCUUCACGCUGCGCCGCUGCUACCAGCAGGUGGGCUGCCUCAUGCUCUUCAUCGCCAUGGGCGUCUUCACCUUCUCGGCCGCCGUCUACUCCGUGGAGCACGACAUCCCCAACACCAACUUCACCAGCAUCCCCCACGCCUGGUGGUGGGCCGCGGUGAGCCUCUCCACUGUGGGAUACGGAGACAUGUACCCAGAGACCAUCCUGGGCAGGCUUUUUGCCUUCCUCUGCAUUGCUUUUGGAAUUAUCCUCAACGGGAUGCCGAUUUCCAUCCUCUACAACAAGUUCUCUGAUUACUACAGCAAGCUCAAAGCUUAUGAGUACACGGCCAUGAGAAGGGAAAGGGGAAAGGUAGAGUUCCUGCAAAGAGCCAGAAAGAAGAUGGCGGAGUGUUUGGCUAAAAGCCUCCUACAGCCCCAGCCCAGGCAAGCAAGGUGA